AAUUUUUUGUUGCCGCUGUUUGUAAACUCGGUGCCUCCAUGGGAGGCGGAGGGAAGGAGAUGCCGGCAGCCGCAGCUGAAGGGUGCCGGAGCACGCCGGGGAAGAGCCGCGGAGCCGCAGGACAGGAUGGCAGCGGGAAGCAGGGCUGCGGCGGGCAGCGGUGCCCGCGGCGGGCUGGGCCGUGCGGCUCGGCGCUGGCCGCUCUCCUCUCCACCUUGGCGGCUGCCUCCUGCCUCUACCUGGGGGUGCGGACCAGCGACCUCCAGGCUAGGGUCGCGGCCAUCGAGGGAACCCGAGGGGGGUUCUCUGCCGCCGCCCCGCUCCCGCCGCUGCCCGGCUUUUCCCUGGAGCAGCUGAACGCAAUGAUGCAGGAGAAAGUGGAGCGACUUCUCGCCCAGAAAUCCUACGAGCACUUGGCAAAGCUACGUGUAGUGAGAGAAGCGCCUCCAGAGUGCAACUGCCCACCAGGUCCUCCAGGGAAAAGAGGUAAGCGGGGCAGAAGAGGAGAGACUGGACCUCCUGGUCAGCCUGGUCCUCAAGGCCCUCCUGGUCCAAAAGGCGAGAAGGGAGAUCAAGGUGAUCAGGGCCCUCGGGGUCUGCCAGGCUUCCCCUCAGUCGCUGCUCUGCACAGUAAUCAGAUCCUCACCGUCAAGGGGGACCAAGGACAAGCUGGACCCCCCGGGCCUCCAGGGCCCCCAGGACCUAGAGGUCCCCCAGGAGAUACCGGCAAAGACGGUCCUCGUGGGAUGCCUGGCAUACCGGGUGAACCAGGAAAACCAGGAGAACAAGGAUUGAUAGGACCUCAGGGGCCUCCAGGACAAAAGGGCUCUGUUGGAGUGCCUGGUGUUCCAGGGAGAGACGGACAAGUGGGUGAACCUGGUUUGCCUGGUAUAGCAGGAGAGAAGGGAGCAGCAGGGCUUAAGGGUGACCCUGGAGAAAGAGGAGAAAAGGGUGAUGCUGGAGAAAAUGGACCCAAGGGUGACACAGGAGAAAAGGGUGACCCCGGUUCUUCUGCUGCAGGAAUUAAGGGUGAACCUGGUGAAUCUGGACGGCCAGGUCAAAAGGGUGAACCAGGCCUUCCUGGGCUUCCUGGACUCCCUGGGAUAAAGGGUGAGCCAGGUUUCAUUGGUCCGCAAGGAGAACCUGGGUUGCCAGGGCUACCAGGAACAAAGGGUGACAGAGGAGAGGCAGGCCCUAUUGGGAAGGGUGAGCGAGGUGAACCUGGAAUGCCUGGACCAAAGGGUGAUACAGGUGACAGAGGUGACACAGGAUCUGCAGGUCCACAAGGACCACCUGGACAGAAGGGUGAUCAAGGUGCAACAGAGAUAAUUGAUUAUAAUGGCAAUAUCCAUGAAGCUCUGCAGGGGCCACCAGGACCACCAGGACCUCAAGGGCUGCAAGGGCCAAAGGGUGAACCAGGAUCCCCAGGAACUCCAGGAGUUGAUGGGGAGCAGGGUCCUAAAGGCUCAAAAGGAGAUACAGGUGAUCCUGGAAUGCCUGGAGAAAAAGGAGGAAUUGGACUGCCUGGACUGCCAGGAGCCAAUGGUAUGAAAGGCGAAAAAGGAGACAUUGGCCUGCCUGGUGCCCAAGGUCCUUCAAUGAUAGGACCACCUGGACCACCAGGGCCCCAUGGUCCUCCAGGCCCUAUGGGACCUCACGGACUGCCUGGUCCAAAGGGUGAACCAGGGUUAAAUGGUCUUAAAGGAUUGAAGGGUGAACCAGGUCACAAGGGUGACAGAGGGCCCCUUGGUCUUCCAGGAGCAUCUGGCUUAGACGGAAAGCCAGGACCCCGGGGUAUAGAUGGCCCAGUUGGUCCCCAUGGCCCUGCAGGUCCUAAAGGAGACAGAGGUGAAAAGGGAACUGUAGGUGACCCUGGACCCAGAGGACCAUACGGCUUGCCUGGUUUCCCUGGUCCUCGUGGAGAAAAGGGUGAUAUAGGAGAAAAGGGAGAAAAGGGAUUCCGUGGAAUUAAGGGGGAAAAAGGGGAGCCAGGCCAGCCUGGCCUGGAUGGGCUGGAUGCCCCUUGCCAAUUGGGUCCUGAUGGAUUACCAAUGCCUGGCUGCUGGCAAAAGUGAUGAAUCUAACCUUACAAGCAUGAAGUUGUGUAUAUAGUGCUCCACUUUUUGUAUUUAUAGUUGAAAACUGAAAAUUUGAUUUUACAAGUCUGAGAUAUGUUUACAUGUAGCUGCUUCUACUUGUUUGCAAUAGUCCACGUGUACAUCUUUUCCUUUUUUGUUUUUUCACUUACAUCUGUAGUUAGGUGAUAUAUAACUGCAGGGUAAACCUGCAAAGAUUCUCUCUCUAAUGAAAGAGAGAUCUCAAUGCAACAAUCUGAUUAUUUCCAUAAAUUCUGCUAUUUUGGCUUGCGGACCCACAUGGACAAUGAGUGCCAUGAACUAGUUUACAAGAAAUUGUGACCAAAUAAAAGCAAAACGCUAUGAAAUGUACUGUACCAGCUGCCAUUGGAGUUUACUGACUUGGCUUCCAUGUCCAUCUUAAACACUUCACUGAUCCAUGCCACCGUCUCUGCUUGUAUGGACUAAAAGCAUGAGUUUGUGUGCCAACCCUGCUUGCUGUGUGAUUACGUCACGUGCUAAAUGGCUGCUCACGGUGACCUUUGGUUCCAGCUUCUGAAUCAUUUCCUUUUGUCAUCUCAAGGGAGUCACACCCUGGCUUAUUGCUAAAAAGAGAUAAACCAGAGGAGGAUAGAAAGAGGCCUUGAAUUUUUGGGGAAUAGAGUUCCAGCUGCAGGUGGAUGGCUUUCAGUCUUGCGGGUCACCUGGCCCCUUUGAUCAAAGAGGGUCCUGCCUGUUCAUCAGCAUCGGUUUGCCUUGCACUGCUCACGGCCGUGAAGACAAUUCACGAUAGGCUGUGUCGGGUCCUUAAUCGAGAAAGAAAGAAGUUUGAAGAUGAAACCAGACUUCUCUGUGGGUUGUUUGAAAAGGUUGCAGAGGUGCUGCAGGGAUCAUUUGAUGGCAGACACCGCCUGAGACCAGAAGUUUCUCAACUUUACUCGAGGAUGGACAGAGUACCUGCUCUGCGUAUUGUUAUCUUAGGACUGCCAGAGGAAAAAGCGUUCUUGAGGCGGGGAUGGAUUGGAAUAUCCUCUGGAGGAGGAGGAGGAGAAUGGAACUGACUAGACAGGGAUGUGCCAGCGUGUGGUUUUUCAGGUGAUUCAGUGUAAAUUACACAAAAGUAGCUGAACUUCUCUGCAGAAUUUUGGAAGCUGUGGUUAAUUUUGUUUCCUUUUCCAAUAACUGUUGCCAUAAAGGCUGCAUAUCAGCCACCUAUUCAACAUAUGUGAUGACAGCAUUGAAGAAAGUACUUCAAGCCACGCGAUCGUCUUGCUUUCAGUAUUAACAGUUUUCAUUUUCAGAGUUUUUGAAGCCUUCAAGUCUGAAAAAGGAAAAGAGUUUAUUUUUGUGCUUCACAGACUGAUUUAUUCAUCUUGUUCCUUUUCUGCCAUUACAGUGACCUUAGUGGACAUUAUUACUCACAAACCAUUGGAGAGAAACAAGUCUGUGUGAUUGCCACUGCAUGCUUAUCAGCGUGCUCUGGAAGAUGUUGAUACUUCAGCAUUUCUGUUCUAACGAUAAG